AUCUAAUGUACCAAAAGAAGUGACAUUGUGACUGUGUGAUCUUCACUGGCAGGGGUGUCAGGGAUGCGGCGCAUGCUCUGCAAGUUCAUUUCAUCCCUGCCUGCCACGGAGCAGCAGCGUCCUGCUGAGAGAAGCCAUCAAGUGGAAAUGUUGUGCAUCUGCAGGGAGCCCUGGUCCCGGAGCUCCGCCGGGCAAGCUGAGGAGGCCUGAGCGGUCUCCACCUCCGGAUUAGAUGGUGGCAGAAAGCAAGUGUGCAUGAGAAGAUAAACAGAGGCUGUCCAGCCUGCGCAGCUGAUAAGCAGGAGCUGUGAGUCCACUCUCCCUUUGGUUGACAUUGUUGCUUUUUUGGGCCUCUUUGUGUGCCAGACUGUGUUUGUGGGAGUAGAUGUACCUAUUAAUAAUACAUGUAAUGGGCAGCAGCCCCUGAACUGUUGAUGUAGGCUUGGAACUGGGGCGGGUUUGACUGGGAAUAAUGGCUGACCACGAGGAAGCGGAGUUGUCAGAGUCCCUUCAGAAGGAGGACGGGUUUUCCAGUGAGCUGGAGGAGCCAGGUACAGACUUCAAAUCUAAAAGUUUGCCUAUUUUAAAUGAAGAAGCGCCCCAAGAGGAAACCUUACUGGCUGGUUCUGUGUCCAUAACGGCAGAGGAGAGCGCAGAAUUUAUCCAGCUCCCGACCAAGACUGAGUCCUUUCAGGCCGAGUCCCCGACAAGAACAAACUACCUGCCCAAGCCGGGGAAGUCGGCGCUGAACAGGCCGAGCUCGUACAUGGAGAACACGGAGAUCCGUAGGAAUAAAAACAUGGCGAGAAGGAAGCCCCCGGGGUUUUUUGCUUCCAGGCUGACUCGGAUUCAUCUGCCCAGUCGGAAGUACCUGAGCGUUAUUUUACAGGACUCCCGCUGCUUCCUGUUCUGCAUGUGCUACCUGACGUUCAUCCAGUCGCUCAUGGUGUCGGGCUACCUCAGCAGUGUCAUCACCACCAUCGAGAAGAGGUACAGCCUGAGGAGCUCAGAAUCAGGCCUCCUCGUCAGCUGUUUCGACAUAGGGAGCCUCCUGGUGGUCGUCUUCAUCAGCUACUUUGGCGGGCGGGGCCAGAGGCCUCGCUGGCUGGCGGUAGGCGGGGUCUUCAUCGCUGUGGGCGCCGCCCUCUUCUCCUUACCUCACUUCAUCUCCCCGGCCUACCAGAUCCAGGAGGUCAACUCGUCCUCUGCCAACGAGGGCCUGUGCAUGAACAGCAAUGCCAGCGGCAGGGACCGUGUCGACAUCACUUCCUGUCCCAGAGACCAGGAGGGCAACGAGCACAACCUGUACGUGGCGCUGUUCGUUAUCGCUCAGAUCCUGGUGGGCAUGGGGUCCACGCCCAUCUACACGCUGGGACCCACCUACCUGGAUGACAACGUCAAGAAGGAGAACGCCUCGCUGUAUCUUGCCAUCAUGUACGUGAUGGGAGCACUGGGUCCAGCCGCUGGUUACCUGCUGGGGGGAGUCCUCAUCGGCUUUUACGUGGACCCCAAGACUGUCGUCAACAUCGAUCAAAGCGACCCCCGCUUCAUCGGCAACUGGUGGAGCGGGUUCCUGCUGUGUGCCGUGGCCAUGCUGCUGGUAAUCUUCCCCAUGUUCACCUUCCCCAAGAAGCUGCCGCCCCGACACAAGAAGAAGAAGAGAAGGAAAAAGCUGAGCCUGGACGACCUGUCCAGCGAUGACGACGUCCUCAAGGAGAAGAGCAACAACAACAAGAGCCAGGCGGUCACCUCGUCCAUGGGCUUCGGCAAGGACAUCAAAGACCUGCCCAAAGCAGCAGUGAGAAUUCUCAGCAACGUGACCUUCUUGUUCGUCAGCCUCUCCUACACAGCAGAAAGCGCCAUCGUCACCGCUUUCAUCACCUUCAUCCCCAAAUUCAUUGAGUCGCAGUUUGGCAUCCCGGCCUCCAGCGCCAGCAUCUAUACUGGUGUGAUUAUUGUGCCCAGUGCCGGUGUGGGCAUCGUGCUGGGUGGCUACAUCAUUAAGAAGCUGAAGCUGGGAGCUCGUGAGUCGGCCAAGCUGGCUAUGAUCUGCAGCGGAGUCUCCCUGCUCUGCUUCUCCACACUGUUCAUCGUGGGCUGCGAGAGCAUCAACCUGGGAGGAAUCAACAUCCCCUACACCACCGGACCAACUCUCACCAUGACCCAGAGGAACCUGACAGGGGGUUGUAAUGUGAACUGCGGCUGUAAAAUCCACGAGUACGCUCCAGUCUGAGGCUCAGAUGGCAUCACCUACUUUAACCCCUGCCUAGCCGGCUGCAGCAGUGUGGCCAACGACAGCACCGGGAUCCGUAACUACUCGGAUUGCGCCUGCGUCCAGAGCAGGCAGGUCAUCACGCCGUCGUCCAGCGGUCAGGGCAGCAACCAGCUGCAGCUCGUCAUUGUCAAGACCUACCUGAAUGAGAAUGGCUACGCUGUAUCGGGGAAGUGCGACCGCACCUGCAGCACCCUCAUCCCCUUCCUCAUCUUCCUCUUCAUCGUCACGCUCAUCACUGCCUGCGCCCAGCCCUCCGCCAUCAUCGUCACACUCAGGUCUGUAGCAGAGCAGGAGAGGCCGUUCGCUCUGGGAAUGCAGUUUGUUCUCCUCAGGACUCUCGCCUACAUCCCGACGCCCAUUUACUUCGGCGCCGUCAUCGACACCACCUGCAUGUUGUGGCAGCAGGACUGCGGCAUCCACGGCUCCUGCUGGGAGUAUGACGUCACCUCCCUGCGCUUCGUCUACUUCGGCCUGGCCGCCAGCCUCAAGUUCUUCGGCUUCCUCUUCAUCUUCCUCACCUGGUACUCCAUCAAGUACAAGGAGGAGCGAGUGGAGCGCUGGCUCAAGCGCCACCUGUCACCCGUCGACACCGUGGGCAGCCUUGUCUGCCACCCGGGCGGCCACAAGGGCCACGCCCGCACCCGCUCCUGCCCCGUCAACAUCCCUCGAACCGACCCCAACGGUCUGCCAGCUAAUGCACCACCACGUGCCGGCCCCCUCAACCGCGGCGUCAGCACCCAGAGUUGCCCCGGUAAUGAGCUUAAAGCAAUAACUCCUCCCCCUGCAGCCACGCCAUCACCUGCAGUGCCCCCCGCCCCCGCCCAGGCCCAUUCGCUGGAACAUGUUUCAGUCCGAGUCUGAGUUUCGGGAAGGGCGAGGGUGACAAGGCAGGUCCCACCCACUCUGACGUUUUAUUCUAAAAUCCAGCUGAGUGGAUUUUAGCCGCUGUCAAAGGCACCAAUCAUCAGGUCCUGCUCUCAUCUCAUAACUCCGGCUGGUAAAAACUCAAAGUGGCUUUUACGUUUUGUCUGCACCACCAACCAUCAGCUGGAGGACCUGAUUCAUUCAGCAGCUCCAGACCUGUGGUCGAAUGAUGGAGAGUUGGACUAAUUUGGGGACCAACCAGCCCGGAGUCCCUCUGACACAAAAAAUCUGCUUGGUCGGUGAAAACGUUGAAAGCAGCCGGGUGUUUUCUUUGCGAUCCAUCGGCCGGUGCAGGUGGACAAAAGCUUAGCUCCCCCACUUUGGAGGGAGGAGAGUUCAUCACUCAACCUAACCCCAACACCCCCCCCCUCACCUCGGCAAUAUGUGCCUUCUGUCACCACUGUCGUCACAUGUACAGUAUACGUGCAGACACACUGACACGGUGGACAUCCCUCAGACAGACUGUGGUCACCCUGUAGGAAUAAGAGUCACCUGAACAGAUACCUCAGCUUCGCCAAUCCUCCUGCUUCCCCCUCGCCUCACGUCUGCGUGCUUCUUCUUAUCUGCAUUUGUGUUUUUAUUUCCUUCACCGUCGUGUGUGGAUUUUUGUUUUUGCAUAUCAGCGCUCUCACGGAACAAGAAAAAAAAACCUACAGAAAUGUGAUACACUGCAAUUAAGUGUUAAGAACUGGAAACCGAUGGCAUGGUGCUAUGUGAAAAACAAUGUUUAGUGUCCAUUUUUUUGUUCUUUUUGGUCAUUUUGUUUUUUAGGGUUAAAAACACUUGAAAAGAACCCAACUGGACAACUGGACAGGUCACUGGGCUAAGCAGCUUGGCGCGCACAGAAUGCAUUCCUGUCCGAUGCAAGGCCUUUUGUUGCUCCCCUGACACAAUGACACGUAGUAUUACCGCUGGAAGUCGGAUUGUUUAGCUUGUGCCAGCUCCAUACAAUGCAUCCAUACAUCCGAGCUGUUUUCCCUCCUGACUUGGCACCGUGAUAAGUGGUUUAACCUAAAAAGAAUAGGAUCAGCAUUUUCCUCCUGACCACAUUCCUGGCUGGACGAGUCACCAGGGAUCCUCCACACGUCUGGAAGAAUACGGAAAAGAAAAAACAAUGCUUGGAGUUUUUAUGAGAUUGGACCGGGAAAGCGCUCUGGCACUCUUGACGUACUGUAUUUCUAUCAAUGAGAUGCAGCCAAUCAUUUACCCACAGUAACAUCAACAUUUGUACCGAACACGUAGGCAGACAAGUAGUCGACCACCACGUAGAGCUCAUAGUGUAGUCAUCUAUUCCUCGUCAGCUCCGGAAAUGAAAGCUGCUGGUGAAUUCUGGGAUGUUACCCUGAGUGGAAAGUUAGUUUCUUGCUCUGCGUCCUGUUGGUUAAUUGUUAAACUGUAGUCCCAAUGAUUUAUGGGUAAUGAUGACUGAAAAUGAUUGGCAGUUUUCUUUGCCACAUAUCAGACAACAGUUUGCAUACAUGCAGGUUAAAGUGUGGAAAGUAAGGUUUCCAGGGCGUGGAAAGUUUAAGAGUUUAGCAAAAUCACUGGAAAAAUACAGAAGAAGCUGCUGUUCACUGUUGAGCUGCAGCUGAUGAUUGUUUUCUGUGCCUAUAAAUCUACUGAUUAUUCUUUAAAA